UGUGAAUGCUAAUGCUAGUUGAAGGCGGAUAAACGGUUUUCUUGUAACACUAAGUUGUUUCUCCACCACUAGCAAAUUUAGUAGCGAGUACAUGAAGUUACUCACAGCGCUUAGACCCUCCUACUGGUUCUGAUUGGUCAUUUUUGGUCGGGAGUGGUGCAUUUCUUCAGACAUCAAUAGUAGCUCAGGGAGGAGAUCAUCGUUGACGUGCACAGUCCAGACCACAGAAGAUGGCCGUGUCUAUCUCCACGGAUUUAACUGUCCAGGUGCUGGACGAUCCGAACAAAGUGAAACUGACUGACAGACAACAGCAGCUGCACGCCGCCAUACAGAAGGGCGAGCCCAAAUGUCUGGGGUUGAGCCAAGUGAUGCUGGGUCUGAUGGUCAUGACCUACUCACUGCCUCUACAUUUCGCUGAACACACUCAUGUUGUCAUCUUCGGCGUUCCCUGGUGGACCGGAUUAACAUUCAUUGCAGCAGGAUCGAUUGCGAUGACGUUGGAUAGAUAUUUCUCAUUGAAGAUCGUGCAGGCAUGUUUGGUAACAAGCGUGGCAGCUAUGGUGCUGUCAGCGGUGGCUGUGAUCAUCUACUCUCUGGAUUUAUACAACCAUCAGCUGCCGCUCUGUAAGACAACAGAGCCUUCCUCACAUUUCUCAGAAGACCCCUGCUGGGACCAAAUCAGCACCGCGAAAUUCUCCAAGGGAUUAAAGUCGUCUCUGCUUUUCUUCACGUUGGUGCAGGCAGCCAUCUCUGCCAUAUUCUGCUGGCUUCUCUACAGGCAGAAAAACAUCUUUGCACAAUAUGCAUCUAUCAAUUGACCUUCUCCCAGCCACAAUGAAACAAAAUAAUGGACAGAAAAUAAAGCUGAUAUGAUUGUCCAAAUAUAAAUCUUGUGUUUUCUUGUGCCCACAAAUGACUUUACAAGUUUUCUUGAUCACUGUGAUCAGCUUAAGGAAACUAAAAUCCACUCAGUUUUCAUUGUCUCUUUUUUUUCUCACCUUUUUGUGAAAUGUUUAACACAGAAGUCACAAACUCCACUGUUUAAGCGAUAUAUCAACCAAAAGAAAUCAUCUGUUUCUGUUAGAAAUUACCAAGAGAAGCACGAGAAUCAACAAUUGGUAUUUCUUUUACUGUAGUAGAUUUGUUACUUUCUUAAUUUCUUAUUCUCUGGUUUUACUUUGGUUUACUUUUACAGUAUUCUCUGUAUUUCAGUUUUCAGUCACCGUUUGAAAAAAUGUCAUGAAGUCAAUAAAAUUUGAAUCAAGGCAUUUAUGACUCUGAAUAAAAUAUUUUGCGGGAAGGAAUAUUUGGUAUGAAAAUGAUGUAGAAGGUCCAUUGAGUGUUUUUAUUUUGUUGUCUGUUAUGUAAUGAUUGAUACGAAGAGAUCACACACUUGGUUGCAAGUUGUCUUGUUGAAGGUAAUAUUAGCUUUUGUUUCAUAGUUAAAACCCACAUUUUGUAUGCUUUUUUACUUCUAUUUGAGUCUCUAUUACUUCUAAAAAAAAAAACCUCAGCCGCUUGAA